GCGGCAGCCCGCAGUCCCGCCGCGCACGCGCUCAGCGCUCCACACCACCACCGACAUCUCCCCGUGGCUGGAUUGGAUUACAUGCAUGCCACUGCCAGCGCGAGACUGCCGCCGCUACCUCCCACCGCGAUCCCCGCCCCCGCGCAUCACUGACAACCGGACCCCAGCCCCUCCUGGUUCCACGCGUCAUUGACCCAUGUGCGUGCGGGUGCACGCGCCUUAUUUUUAGGAGCGAGUGCCCACCGAAAACGCGCCGCGGCACCGACAUGACAGAUCCUUUCUCCAUCCGCCGGUGAAACUGAAAGGAAUCCCCUCACGCCCCCCUCGCCAUCUUUAGCUCGAGCCCUACCUCCCAAUCUCCGGUCCCCCGCCCAUUAAAGGCCCGGCACCCCCGCGCCCGUUCCGUCUCCGUCCCCAUCCCAUUCCACCGCACCCCACCUCCCGCACCCAUCCAUGUCGCCGGCGCCGCCGCCGUCGCCGCUUCUGCCGCCGGCGGGGGAGCCAUUCCGCGUGUUCGUGGGGUACGACCCGCGGGAGCACGAGGCGUACGAGGUGUGCCGCCGCAGCCUGCUCCGGCACGCCACCAUGCCGCUCGACGUGCGCCCCGUCCGCCAGCCGGACCUCCGCGCCGCGGGGCUCUACUGGCGGGCGCGCGGGCCCACCGAGAGCACCGAGUUCUCCUUCACGCGCUUCCUCACCCCCUACCUCGCGGGCUACCGCGGCUGGGCGCUCUUCGUCGACUGCGACUUCCUCUACCUCGCCGACGUCGCCGACCUCCUCGCCGCCGCCGCCCCGCCGGGCGCCGACGCCGACCGCCUCGCCGUCGCCUGCGUCAAGCAUGUGUACGAGCCCGCCGAGGCCACCAAGAUGGACGGCGCCAUCCAGACGACGUACCCGCGCAAGAACUGGUCCUCCAUGGUGCUCUACAACUGCGCCCACCCAAAGAACGUCGCCGCGCUCACGCCCGACGCCGUUAGCACCCAGACCGGCGCAUUCCUCCAUCGCUUCGCCUGGCUCAACGACGACGAGAUCGGGGAGGUGCCCUUCGUCUGGAACUUCCUCGUCGGCCACAACAGGGUCGACCCCGCCGACCCGGCCACGCACCCCAGGGCCAUACACUACACCUGCGGCGGGCCAUGGUUCGAGCGAUACAGGGACUGCGAGUUCGCCGACCUCUGGAUCAAGGAGGCCGAGGAGCUCAAGGCCGAGAAGGACAAGCUCGAGGACGGGGAGAAGCUCAAGCUCAUCGAGGACAAGGACGCCAAGGAGCAAGACGACAACAAGGAGGAGAAUUGAUCGAUCGAUUGGUUGGUGAUACUGCAUUGGGUUGGAUUGGUUCGUUUUGUGCUGCAGAGAUUUCAUUCCUCAACAUUCUGUUCAUUUCUCGCACCAAUGCAGUUUCUUUCAUCGAUCUGGUCUGUUAAUAGUGAGAUGUCGGGAGAUUAGGAUUGUGUCGUAUGUAGCCUAUGAGUGGGUAGCUGGAGUGAGUCUAUUGUGUAGCUGCAAUCGGUCUAUGAAUGAAUGCUCAUCGUUAAGGAAUAUCAAUCGUGUUUUUUCCCCCUCAA